AUGGCGUCCAGAGUAGCUUCGGCUGCGCUCAAGGCGCGCGUCCAUCGCCCGUCGAUGCUCAACAAGCUGUGCCAGCCCGAAGACCUCUUGCACCACUUCCCCAAUGGCUCCUACAUUGGCUGGUCUGGCUUCACCGGUGUCGGCUACCCCAAGAAGAUUCCCGUUUUCCUCGCCGACCAUGUCGAGAAGAACAACCUCCAGGGACAGCUCAAGUACAGCCUCUUCGUCGGCGCCUCGUCCGGUGCCGAGACCGAGAACCGCUGGGCUGCCCUCGACAUGAUUGAGAGACGGUCUCCUCACCAGGUCGGCAAGGAUAUCGCCAAGGGCAUCAACGAGGGCCGCAUCAACUUCUUCGACAAGCAUCUGUCCAUGUUCCCCGUCGACCUUGUAUAUGGCUACUACACCAAGGACAAGCCAAAUGGCAAGCUCGAUGUGGCGGUUGUUGAGGCUUCUGAGAUCAAGGAGGAUGGCAGCAUCGUCCCCGGUGCUUCCGUCGGUGCCACUCCCGAGCUGAUCCAGAUGGCUGACAAGAUCAUUAUUGAGGUCAACACCUCGCUCCCGAGCUUCGAUGGCCUGCACGACAUCACCAUGACCGAUCUUCCUCCCCGCCGCAAGCCCUACCUGAUCACCCAGGUCGAGGACCGCAUUGGUACCAACUCGAUCCCCAUCGACCCCGAGAAGGUUGUUGGUAUCGUCGAAUCCGACUACCAGGAUCAGACCUCCCCCAACACCCCUGCCGAUGAGGGCUCGCAGCAGAUUGCCAGCCACUUGAUUGAAUUCUUUGAGCACGAGGUGAAGCACGGCCGUCUUCCCAAGAACCUCCUUCCUCUCCAGUCCGGUAUCGGCAACAUAGCCAAUGCCGUCAUUGGUGGUCUGGACAACUCCAACUUCCGCAACCUCAAGGUGUGGACCGAGGUCAUCCAGGAUACCUUCCUUGAUCUUUUCGACUCUGGCCGCCUCGACUUCGCCACCGCUACCUCUGUCCGCUUCUCCCCCGACGGCUUCAAGCGCUUCUACAAGAACUGGGAGUCCUACAAGGACAAGCUCCUCCUCCGCUCUCAACAGGUGUCCAACUCCCCCGAGAUCAUCCGUCGCCUUGGUGUCAUCGGCAUGAACACCCCCGUCGAGGUUGACAUUUACGCUCACGCCAACUCGACCUGCGUCAUGGGCUCCCGCAUGCUCAACGGUCUCGGUGGCUCGGCUGAUUUCUUGAGAAACGCCAAGUACUCCAUCAUGCACACUCCCUCGACUCGUCCCUCCAAGACGGACCCCCACGGUGUCUCGUGCAUUGUCCCCAUGUGCACUCACAUUGAUCAGACUGAGCACGACUUGGACAUUGUGGUUACCGAAGCUGGUCUUGCCGACGUUCGCGGUCUGGCUCCCCGCGAGAGAGCCCGCGUGAUCAUUGACAAGUGCGCCCACGAUGUGUACAAGCCUAUCCUCAAGGCUUACUUCGAGAAGGCCGAGUUUGAGUGCCUGCGUAAGGGUAUGGGCCACGAGCCUCACCUGCUCUUCAACAGCUUCGACAUGCACAAGGCCCUGUUGGAGGAGGGCAGCAUGCGCAAGGUCAAGCCUUGGUAA